AUGACGUCAAAUCGGCUUCUGACGUGGUCAGCAGUGCCUCAUAGCUCGUCCACAAACAAGCUCCAUACUUGUUGUCUACACGUCUCAGAGCUCGCAUACGAACCCCCCGGGGAGCCAGGGACGCCACAUAGCUCGGUCCAUGACCACCGACGAGAGAAGGGAAACGUCGGCGAACAGAUCGAGAUUGAGAUCGGUGGCCAUGACGACCUACGAGUGUCGCAUUGUGUUGUUGUUGUGAUGGCGUCUUAUUUUGACGAACAUGACUGUCGUGGAGGAAGAAAUCUCCUUCUUGAGUUUGUUAGGAUUUACUUGCGAGGAGGAGAAAUUGACUUGACAGGAGUGACUGAACGUCCUGCUCCCCCUGCUAGUCAAGCUGCCAUUGCUAGCCUCUCCCGUGAUGUUGUUGUGUCUUCUGAUGUGGCACGAGCUGAGAAGUGUCCUGUGUGUUUGUUGCCGUUUGAUGUGGAUGAGGAAGUGGUGAUGAUGCCAUGCAAGCACAGAUUUCAUAAUGGAUGCAUCAUUCCGUGGCUCAGUAAAACCAACUCGUGUCCGUUAUGCAGAUUUGAGUUGGCCACUGAUGAUCCAGAUUAUGAGAGUUACAGGAAGGAAAAGGAAAGAUGCAAAGUUCGUGAUCAGGAAAUGGAAAUACUGCAUGAUUCAAUGUACAGUUGAUCAUAGACUGGCAGUAUGAUGAACACAUUUGAGGCUUGUAGUAUAUCUAAAAUACUUUCCUUUACUGAUUGCUAGCCACAGUAUUACAUGAAAUUACUGAUGAAAAUGUAGCAGCUACAGAGCAAUUUAAAUUAGGAAUUAAAUACAAAAUUUCUAAGUGCA